GAAGGAGGCGCCGGGUCAGCCCUGAGCAGCUUAUAGCUCGCUCUGCUCCAGCCGCUGCGACGGUCUGGGGCGGUACGGACUCUCCCAGUUCCCUCCUGGAGAGCCAGCCCCGGGCGGGAGACCUGGUGGCUGAUCCUGAGGUCCCUCGUCCCCCGGAUCUGGGUGCCGGCGCUCCAGCGGCCCCGCUGCGCUGGAGCAAGGAGGAGAGUUCAAGUAGAUAACCUGGAAGACUAGAAAACUGAAGAAAUGAUGCUGAAGGUGUCAGCCAUGAUUUAACUGUCACACAAAGAUUUCAACAAGAAAAAUUUAGGCUUCAUUGGAUUCCCACAUCAAAGAGAAGCUCUAAGCUUUCAGAAAGAAUUCUCAUUUGAGGAUAAAGAAGAGCUUACUAACCACAGGAGAAGCCUCGAUGCCAAGCUUUUAGCUGUGCUCCCUAAAGUUGCAGAAUUAAGAAAAAUCUUCGAACCAAAGAGGAAAGACUUCUUAGAAAUGAAAAGAAAAGAAAGAAUUGCCAGGCGCUUGGAAGGAAUAGAAAAUGACACCCAGCCCAGCCUGUUGCAGAGCUGCACAGGGCUAGUGACUCAUCGCCUGCUGGAGGAAGACACACCCAGAUACAUGCGAGCUACUGACCCUGCCAGUCCUCACAUUGGACGAUCCAAUGAAGAGGAAGACACCCCCGGGUCUUCUUUAGAAAAGCAAACUCGGUCUAAAUACUGUGCGGAAACCUCGGGCGUCCACAGUUCAAGCUCCAUGGAUACCCAAGGUCUGGAGUCCAAAGCCGAGAGGAUCGCAAGGUACAAAGCCGAGAGGAGGCGGCAGCUGGCGGAGAAGUACGGGCUGACCCUGGAUCCCGAGGCUGACUCUGAGUACUUGUCUCGGUAUACCAAGUCUCGCAAGGACCCGGAUGCAGCUGAGAGACGAGGGAAAAGUGACAAGCAGGAAGACUCAAGCCAGGAUGCCACGUCCCUGUACUCCAGGGCCGAGCCUGGGUCCAGGACCUGUGCGGCAGAGGCCCGGGUCUGCGCCCCGCUGGGCAGCGACCUCUCGGACCAGGAGUUGCUGCUCAACAUGGAGAACCAGAGACGCGGCCAAGAGCCCCCGACCAGCCACACUUCCCCUGCCUUUUCAGGGCAAGGUGCCUCCUUACCCGAAGUGCCAAGGUCCCCAAAGCAGAUGGCCGGCUCACCACUGCAGCGGCCAGACUCCCCGAGCCACCCUGGGGAUGCGCCACUGCUCCCCGAGGCCCGAGGCAGUAGUACAGGGAAGCCCAAACAUGAGUGGUUUCUACAGAAAGAUUCAGAAGGGGACACUACUUCACUCAUCAACUGGCCUUCCAGAGUUAAAAUUAGAGAAAAAUUGGUGAAAGAGGAGAGUGCUCGCAGCAGCCCUGAACUUGCCUCAGAGUCCUUAACUCACAGGAGGCAGCAGCCCAUCCCAGUGCAUCUCGUGUCCAUUCAGUCAGAGAGCUCCGCCUUUGAUAGGGUUGCCAGCAAAGCCGUGAGCUCCCUGCAGGCCAGCCGGAGCUGUGUUCUGCCAGCAGACCCUGUUCAUGCCAUCAAGCUGGUGACCUCAGACACCCUGGAAAGUGCAUCUGAGUGCAGCUGGGUAGGACCAACCACCCCAAAUGUCAUGAAACCUACCACCUUGAAGGUUCUAGAAGGUGAGCCAAGAGAUGCUCCAGUCCUCCAUAUUUGUGAAGCCAAAACAGAAGAUGUCCCCCUCCCUGAAGCUCCAGAGAGAAGCCCUAAACCACUUUUGACCAUGGUGGAUGAUGGGCUUGUGAGAAGCCAUGAGGACGAAGACUUAGGUAAGACCUCCUUUAGUAUCAUCACCUCAGAGCCUGGCAGGGAGCCACAGGCUCAGCACCAGCCCACCCAGAGAGUGGGCAGAAGCGAAAUGGUUGUAUAUGUUCAGAGUGAGCCUGUGCUUCAAGAUGCCACCUUGACCAGCCACACAAAAGAAGCCACUCCAAAGAAGCGUAAGGUCCUGGCCCGUUCCCUGUCAGAUUACACGGGUCCCCCUCAGCUCCAGGCCUCCAGACGCAAGGAUGUUGCUCCAAAGCAGGAGCUGGAGCCUCAGAGUUCCAGGGCAGAAGGUCCUGGGGCAGAAGCCAGCAUGCUGGACACCAAGGUCUCCGUCGCACAACUCCGAAAUGUGUUUCUGGAGUCAACCCGAGCCAGCAAGAAACCUGAACUCCAAUCCCGGGUUGAGAAGUCAGCCGAAGGAGGUGGCUUGCCCACUGAGCGGGAGAGAGGCUCUCGAAAACCAAGACGCUAUCUUUCUCCUGGUGAAAGUAGAAAAACUUCUGAGAGAUUUAGAACUCAACCUAUAACCUCAGCAGAGCGAAAGGAGUCUGAUAGGUAUCCUUCAGGGUCAGAAAUGGCAGUGGUUGAGGAUGAGGAAAAGGUCGAUGAACGCGCCAAGCUGAGUGUUGCUGCCAAGAGAUUGCUUUUUAGGGAGAUGGAGAAAUCAUUUGAUGAACAGAACAUCCCCAAGAGACGCUCAAGAAACGCAGCUGUGGAGCAGCGGUUGCGUCGCCUGCAGGACCGGUCACACACCCAGCCAGUCACCACCGAGGAAGUGGUCAUCGCUGCCACGUUACAGGCGUCUGCUCACCAAAAAGCUUUAGCCAGGGACCAGGCAAAUGAGGGCACAGAGUCUGCCCAACCAGGCGAACCUGAUUCCUCUACACUGAGCUUAGCGGAGAAGUUGGCCUUGUUUAACAAAUUGUCCCAGCCGGUCUCCAAAGCCAUUUCCACCCGAAACAGAAUAGACGUGAGACAGAGGAGGAUGAAUGCUCGCUAUCAGACCCAGCCGGUCACGCUUGGAGAGGUGGAGCAGGUGCAGAGCGGUAAACUCAUCUCUUUCUCCCCCACUGUGAACACAUCAGUAUCUACCGUGGCCUCCGCAGUUGCUCCCACAUAUGCAGGGGAACUUCGGACAAAACCAUCUGUUGACGACAAUACAAGUGCCACUGAUUAUAAGUUCUCUUCUCCCAUGGAAAAUCCAGACUCUCCAGUCAGAAGCAUUCUGAAAACACAGAGCUGGCAGCCUUUGGCAGAGAGCAGUGGGUGCAAAAGAAUGCUGAGGGAAUUUGGAGAGACAGAAAGCAAGAGCCCACUGAUGGCAGACAGCGCUGUUCAGACAUUUGGGUCCUUGGAAGAGGCAGAACCCUCCCUGCCCAUCCUCAGCAGAGUCAGGGAAGGAGGAAGCUAUAAGGAGCCUAAAUAUGGCGCUGUAAGAGGAAGCUUAGAACUGAGUAACCCUUCUGUCGCCCACCUUGAUGAUGACGUGAAGGAAUAUUCUGCUGCUAAGAGCAGUUUUCAAGUGAACCUGGACAAACAGGGUUUUGAAGAGAAUGUCACCGUGGAGAAUGGCACCAGGAAGUUUUCACUCAAAGCAGAGUUCGGAGAGCCCGCUUCUGAGCAGGCCGGGCCGGCUGCUGCGAAGACUUCUGUUCAGACGGCAGCCCCAGGGACCUGGAAGCAGCCAGACUCCUCAGAGGUUCUAGUUGAGAAAAUUUACAAGAGCCCGUGUGCCAUGUUUGCUGCUGGAGAGGUCAAAGUGCCAGGGGGUGAGGGUGGCCUGGAUUCACCCAGCAAAACCAUGUCAAUCAGAGAAAGGCUGGCACUGUUGAAGAAGAGUGGUGAGGAGGACUGGAAGAACAGACUGAACCGGAAGCAGGAGUACAGCAAAGCACCUGCCACCACCAGCCUGCACAUCCAAGAGGUGGAGCAGUCCCUGAAGAAGAAGGAAGAAGGAGGAUUUACAGAUGAUAAUGCCAUUUCUAAUCUGCUUUGGCGGGUCACAGAAAGUCGAGAGAGCCAGAUGACGAUUGAGGAGAGGAAGCAUCUCAUCACUGUGCGGGAGGAAGCGUGGAAGACCAAGGGCAGAGGUGCGGCCAACGAUUCCACCCAGUUCACCGUGGCAGGCAGGAUGGUGAAGAAAGGUCUGGCAUCACCCACUGCUAUAACUCCAGUCUCAUCUCCUCUCUGCAGCAAAUCAAGGGGUACUACCCCAGUUUCCAAACCCUUGGAAGACAUUGAAGCCAGACCAGAUAUGCAGCUGGAGUCAGACCUGAAGUUAGACAGGCUGGAAACCUUCCUAAGAAGGCUGAACAAUAAAGUUGCUGGGAUGCAGGAGACAGUCCUCACGGUCACUGGUAAAUCUGUCAAGGAAGUGAUGAAGUUGGAUGAUGAUGAGACCUUUGCCAAAUUCUACCGCAGUGUGGAUCACAACACGCCAAGAAGUCCUGUGGAGCUAAACGAAGACUUUGAUGUUAUUUUUGACCCUUAUGCACCUAAGUUGACAUCCUCCGUAGCAGAGCAUAAGCGCUCUGUUAGGCCCAAACGCAGGGUCCAGGCGUCCAAGAACCCCCUUAAAAUGCUGGCAGCAAGAGAGGAUCUCCUUCAGGAGUACACGGAGCAGAGGCUGAACGUGGCGUUUGUGGAGUCCAAACGGAUGAAAGUAGAAAAGAUGUCAUCCAACUCCAACUUCUCCGAAGUGACUCUGGCAGGCUUAGCCAGUAAGGAGAACUUCAGCAGUGUUAGCCUGCGGAGCGUCAACCUGACAGAGCAGAAUUCCAACAACAGUGCGGUGCCUUACAAGAAGCUCAUGUUGUUGCAGAUUAAAGGAAGAAGACAUGUGCAGACGAGGCUGGUGGAACCUCGCGCCUCAUCACUCAACAGUGGGGACUGCUUCCUUCUGCUCUCUCCGCAGUACUGCUUCUUGUGGGUUGGAGAGUUUGCAAACGUCAUCGAGAAGGCGAAGGCCUCUGAACUUGCAACUUUAAUUCAAACAAAAAGAGAGCUUGGUUGUAGAGCUACAUACAUCCAAACCAUUGAGGAAGGAAUUAACACACACACUCACGCAGCCAAAGACUUCUGGAAGCUCCUGGGUGGCCAGACCAGUUACCAGUCUGCUGGAGACCCAAAGGAAGAUGAACUGUACGAGACAGCAAUCAUAGAGACAAACUGUGUCUACCGCCUCACAGAUGACAAACUUGUUCCUGAUGAUGAUUACUGGGGCAAGAUUCCAAAGUGUUCCCUCCUGCAAUCCAAAGAGGUCCUGGUGUUUGAUUUUGGUAGUGAAGUUUACGUGUGGCAUGGGAAGGAAGUCACAUUAGCACAACGAAAAGUUGCAUUCCAGCUGGCCAAGCACUUGUGGAAUGGAACCUUUGACUAUGAGAACUGUGACAUCAACCCACUGGACCCUGGAGAAUGCAACGCACUCAUUCCCAGGAAAGGACAAGGGCGGCCUGACUGGGCAAUAUUCGGGAGAGUUACUGAACACAAUGAGACUAUUCUGUUCAAAGAGAAAUUCCUCGACUGGACAGAGCUGAAGAGACCUACAGAGAAGAAUGCUGGGGAACUGGUCCCACAGAAGGAAGAUUCUAGGGCUGACAUCAAGCCCUAUGAUGUGACACGCAUGGUGGCAGUGCCCCAGGUGACAACUGGUACCGUCUUGGAUGGAGUGAAUGUUGGCCGUGGCUACGGCCUGGUGGAAGGGGAUGACAGGAGACAGUUUGAAAUUACCAGCGUUUCUGUGGAUGUGUGGCAUAUUCUGGAAUUCGACUAUAGCCGGCUCCCCAAGCAGAGCAUCGGGCAGUUCCAUGAAGGAGAUGCCUAUGUGGUCAAGUGGAAGUUCAUGGUGAGCACUGCAGUGGGAAGCCGACAGAAAGGUGAGCAUCCAAUAAGAGUGGCCGGCAAAGAGCGGUGUGUCUACUUCUUCUGGCAAGGCCGGAACUCAACCGUGAGUGAGAAGGGCACGUCAGCUCUGAUGACAGUGGAGCUGGAUGAGGAAAGGGGAGCCCAGGUCCAGGUUCUACAGGGAAAGGAGCCCCCCUGUUUUCUUCAGUGUUUCCAGGGAGGUAUGGUGGUGCACUCCGGACGAAGGGAAGAGGAAGAAGAAAAUGUGCAAAGUGAAUGGAGGUUGUACUGUGUGCGAGGAGAAGUGCCCAUGGAAGGGAACUUGCUGGAGGUGGCCUGUCACUGCAGCAGCCUGAGGUCCCGGACUUCCAUGGUUGUUCUGAAUGUAAACAAGGCCCUCAUUUACCUGUGGCACGGAUGCAAAGCUCAAGGCCACACGAAGGAGGUUGGAAGAACUGCAGCAAAUAAAAUCAAGGAACAAUGUCCCCUGGAAGCGGGAUUGCACAGUAGCAGCAACGUGACAAUACAUGAGUGUGAUGAAGGAUCUGAACCACUGGGAUUCUGGGACGCUCUGGGAAGGAGAGACAGGAAAGCCUAUGACUGCAUGCUUCAAGAUCCUGGAAGUUUUAACUUCGCGCCCCGCCUGUUCAUCCUGAGCAGCUCCUCUGGAGACUUCUCGGCCACAGAGUUCGUGUAUCCUGCUCGUGCGCCCUCUGCGGUGAGCUCGAUGCCCUUCCUGCAGGAGGAUCUGUACAGCGCCCCCCAGCCAGCGCUCUUCCUCGUGGACAAUCACCAUGAGGUGUACCUCUGGCAAGGUUGGUGGCCCAUUGAGAACAAGAUCACUGGCUCUGCCCGCAUCCGCUGGGCCUCUGACCGAAAGAGUGCCAUGGAGACCGUCCUGCAGUACUGCCAAGGAAAGAACCUCAAAAGGCCACCCCCCAAGUCUUACCUUAUCCAUGCUGGGCUGGAGCCCCUGACAUUCACCAACAUGUUUCCCAGCUGGGAGCACAGAGAGGACGUUGCAGAGAUUACAGAAAUGGAUACAGAAGUUUCCAACCAGAUCACCCUGGUCGAAGAUGUCUUAGCCAAGCUCUGUAAAACAAUCUAUCCCCUGGCAGAUCUCCUCGCCAGGCCUCUCCCAGAAGGAGUGGACCCUCUAAAGCUUGAGAUUUAUCUCACGGAUGAAGACUUCGAGUUCGCACUCGACAUGACCAGAGAUGAGUUCAGCGCACUGCCCACCUGGAAGCAGGUGAACGUGAAGAAAGCAAAGGGCCUGUUCUGAGGGCUCAGUGAAUGAUGCCAAGAAACCACCGAAGUCACUUCCAAUGCCACUAAACCUGAAAAACUGAUAUUUUUUUGGACUGGUAUUUUUUUCCUGUUAAAAAAAGAAAGUAUUUUUGAAUCAGAGUUUUUCAAAACCUGACCUUGAGUCUACUGCUUGUCCUGGAGUUGAAUAUGUUGUAAAUGUGUAGUAGAAUUCUUCAGAAACUCUCUUUCUCAAGGUUCAAGAGAAGUGAAUCUAAAGUCUCUUCCAUUCACUGCCUCCGUGACUGCUGCAGCCUAGAUGUCCUUUCCCAGCUCCACAUUGCCUUUUUUUAAGCAGUUCUCUCAUAAAGUGUUAUUUUGAUAGUUUAUGGAUUCUAAAUAUAUAUAUAUUUAUAUAAACACCAUAUAAAUCAAAUGUGUAUUUAACAAAACAAUAUGUAUUCAUUCACUUUCAAAUUUCUUUCUUUGGUGUCAAAACAGUAUCACAGGGUAGAUGAAGCUGCUUCUCUUGAGUUAGGUCUGCCACCGCCCUGUCCCCUUGUUCAGGAGUGCCUCCUUCAGCGCUAAGUCUGGCUUGUUCUUAGUACUGCUUCCGGUGCUAAUCUGAACAAAGGCUUUGAACUUCCUGGUGUGGACUCUGAAGAAUCUAUGCGAAUCAACCUUUCUACCUUAAUAUUGCCCUGGAAAUGUAUAGUGCCUUGUUUUUAUGUACAGUUUAUAUACAGAAAAGUGUGUUCUGCCUUUUUGAUGCUGGUUUGGAACAUUAUCUACAGUUUUAUUCUCAAAUAGUAGAAAUUUUUAAAAAAUGUCAAUUUCUAAUACUGAUUGUAAACAUUACACAUAUCAUUUUGUGACAUAGGACCCCCCCCCAAAUAAAACUUCCAAAUAAUCACAA